AUGGAUAAUGAGCCUCCACUUGCUAUAUCAACUGCAGGUAUUUGAAAGAAAUGCCCUCCUAUUUCUAUUAGCUCAAAAACACAAACUCCUCUUGAAGGUGUAUCUCUAUCAAAAAUCAUAGAAGAAGACUCCAAGCUCAGCACUCACAUUGAUAAGUCUUUUUUAUUAACAAUAAAUCUUCCAAUGAUUUCUAAUGCAGAAAACCAUACUCCAUCCCACCACCAUGCCCCUAUAAAGCUUAAACAGAUGUCUAAUUCCCCCUUCAGAGAGGGCAAAGUGGUUUUGCUCAAGGAGGGAAUUUCUAUUUUUGUAUAAAAAUAUCUCGUAUCAAAUAUUAAAAUAUUCACAAAAACUAAUUUAAUUUGCAAAAUGCAAGUUAUUUUAUAUUCAAUAGAAUUAAUAAGAGAUUUCACUAAUAAAGCAAAAGAUUUUUUAUAUAAAAAAAAUUAUAUUAAAAAUGCAUUUGCUCAUCAUUUUCAGAGGGUGCUUUGCCCAUAAAUAUGGAUUUUUCCAAUGGUUUUACUAAACAGGGAGUAAAGAAAUAGACGUAAAGCCAAAAAUUGUGAACGCGCCUUCCCCAGAGUAUCAAGCUCUUUGUGAGAUUCUUCUAACCAAAAGAUGCCCAACGAAAAAAUAUAAAUUUGAUUAA